UCGUCCCCUCCCCUGCCCUGCCCUGCCCUGCCCUCCCCCCGCCCCGUGCAGCAGGCGCCCCGGAGGAGACGGGCGCGGAGCGGGCCGGACAGGGACUCCGCGGCCAGCAGCGCGCAUCGGCGGCGAGGAGCGAGGCCAGCCCCGGGGCAGGCAGCAGCGCGCAGCCCCCCUGGCCCAACAUGAGCCGCGGGCCGGGGGCGGGGGAGGGCCCGGGCCGGAGCUAAGCGCCCCGCGCUCUCUCUCUGUCCCCCCCCCAGAGCCGGAGCGAUGCCAGGGGCCAAGCGGUGCCACGCGCUGCCCGUCAUCGUCUUCCUGCUGCUCGCCGGGGCCGCGCCGCCGCCGGGGGCCGGGGGCAGCGCGGAGCUGCAGGCGGCGGGCGCGGAGCGCGGGCCUCUCCCGCCCCUCCUUGUGCAGGCGAUGGGCGACGGCGGCAGCAGCCCGCAGCCGCCCCGGCCCCGGCCGCGGCCCCGGGACAGGGUGAUCGCGCGGCGCUACAGCGGCAGCGCCCUGCUCGCCUCCGCCUCCCUGGAGCUGCAGCCCCGCGCCGCGGCCACCGCCGCCGCCGCCGCCGCCUCCUCGCGGGAGCGGGCGGCAGGGCAGGUGCCCCGGCUCUUCACCACCGCCAGGCACGCAGAAAUAUUUCCAAGAGAUUCCAAUUUAAAAGACAAAUUCAUAAAACACUUCACAGGGCCAGUCACAUUCUCAGCUGAGUGUAGCAAGCAUUUCCAUCGACUCUAUCACAACACAAGGGACUGUUCAACACCAGCCUAUUACAAAAGAUGUGCAAGACUGCUAACAAGGUUAGCAAUGAGUCCUUUGUGUACACAGUCCUAGAAAGUUUGCUGUAGGUUUCUACAAGUGAGAGAUAUCUGAUUUGCCGAGAAAGUGCCUUGAAAUCUUCCAAGACAGAGAAGACAUCUUGUAUCUUUCUGGUUCACAUUAUUGUUUUGUUACUAGAUGCAUUUUAUUUUCAUAUCUGUUGGACAUUCCAUAUUUGUGAGACUGAAACUUUAUUUUAAUUUGUAAAUUUGUUGCCUAUAGUUCAAACAAGCCAGUUAUUUAAAUACAUGUAUAUAAGGAGUACUAAUAAUAUACUAAUUAAAUGUUAUAAUCAUAUGCAGGGAAUGGGUUAGAUUUUGCUGUUUAUCUUGUUCCAUUGUAUUUACACCAUUUUGCUCAGGCUCUUACUUUCAUUAUUUGCACUAACUUGAAAUGCAUAAGUCUAUGUGACUGAAAUCUGAAUAAGCUGUAAAUGGGAUGUUUCACUUUCCAUGGAAGAUAUUUUAUAUUAUGAAGCUUUGUUAAUAUAUACAUAUAUAUUAUUGCGCAUCUGAAAUGCUCAGAAAUGCACCUUGCUUUCAGGAACAUUGUAUAGCUAUUCUGGAUUAUCAUCAGUUACAUUUGUACUGGCACUUAUGGAAAGAGCUGCAAAUAAUGUAAAUAUAAAAGACUGGAAGACUGCAAAGCAGUUUUGGCAAAAUAAAGAAUAUACA